AUGCCACCCACGAUUGCCGAAGUCAAGGGCAGAUUGAAUUUCGUCUGGGGCAAGGAGAGCGACUUGAAUGAAACCUAUUCCUUCGAGUUUGCCAGCAGUACGUCGUGGUCGUGUGUGCGAAAAAAUGGAGCCGAGUCGAGAAAGUUUCGUCUCACCUUCGAUGCGGCCGCUUCAAGGUUGUGGUGGGGAGAGUCUUACUUCAUGGACCCAUCAGACAUGGCCAAGCAGCCAGACCGGGUCCAAUGGUACCGGGCCUCAGAUCGCAGCAAGAAGCGGGCAGCGUUUUUAUGGAAAAGGCUGCGUGAGGCGCAACCUGGCAAUGUGGAGGUGCGCAAAAACAUUCCGGCACCUCCGCGACCCAAGGCAGCUGUUGCUCGGAACCCGGCGAGUGUUGGCAAAGCGCGAACAGAGGCUGUGUCGACGGGAAGCAAAAGCAAGACCUCUCCAGUUUCAUGGCCCGAGGUUGUGCUUGACUUGGACCAGAUGCUUGUGCUCUACAAGCCUCCUCACUGGAAGGUGGAAUUGCCGCCCAAAGGAACUCCAGAGGAGGGCCUCCACCUGCCAAGCUGGCUGAGGGACAAGGUAGCCAGCAUCGAUCCAAAGCUUUUCGAAGAAGAGUCGAACCCGGCUCUUUCAGGAACGGGCUUUGGUCCUCUGUCGCACCGCAUCGACCAGGAGACGAGCGGGCCCUUGCUGGCGGCCAAGACUGCUGCUGCUCAGCGGCACUUGCGUGCACAGUUUCACAAAACUGAGAUCUCCAAGCGCUAUGUGUGCUUGGUGCACGGACGUGUAUCGUCUCCCAGUGGGACGGUUGAUGCGAGCAUUCGCACACUGCGAACCGAUGCCACGACUAGGUCAGAGAUUUCCAGUGCAGGCGACUGGGCGGAGACCCAGUACCAGGUCAUAGCCACAUUCGGGUCUGCCAGCGUGGGCAGAUACAGUCUGCUGGCCUGUGAUAUUACUUCCGGGCGCACGCAUCAAAUCCGUGUUCACAUGCAGCACCUGGGACAUCCGCUCGUCUCGGAUGACAAGUACGGGGAUGUUGGACAGCUGGAGAAGGACAGAAUCUGGUGUCCACGACUUUUCCUGCACUCCUUCCGCCUGAGAUUCCGAGACCUGAGGAACGAGGUUCAAGAAGUCGUGUGCCCCUUGCCUCCGGACCUGAAGGCAGCACUUGUCAAGCUUGGGGCUGCAAGUCCAGAUGGGCCUUCUGCGGAUGCAUUGUUUGGAGAAACAUCUUGGCAGCGUGAGAUUUUCCGACCUCCACUGACAGCUUGGCGGCCUGGAACAGAGGUGCAGAGAUGUUUGAUUUCGCUUCUGUUGAGCAAAGACCAGCCUCGUUCUCUACACGACAUCAAUGCAGAUGCAGAGCUCAAGAGGCUUUUGGCCAAAGAGAACCUGACUUGCAUCAACAAGGCCUGGUUGGCGAAGAAUUGGGAUGUUUUCGAGGCCUUGCCUUCUCCCGACGAUGAUCUAACAGUGCGUCUCCGCCCGCUGGCGGAAGGCUCUGAGAGGCAGCUCGAGCAGCAGAUUGAGGCGGUGCGCUCCGAGUGCGAGGAGCUGCAGCGGUUAAAGCAGCGUGCCAUUGCUGAAGAACAGUACUUGAAGGCUGCUGAAAUCAAGCGCCGCUUUGAAGCCGCCUCCGCAGAACUGAGCUCCCUUUUGACCCUCUGCGAGGACGAGAGCGUCGCUGAUGAUGCACUGGCUGAAGGUCGGAUUGCCGCUGCCAGGCAGCAGAUCAAGGCCUUCGAGCAGGAUGUAAACGAUGAGGCUCUCUUUCCAUCUCUAGCGGCAGCACCAAAGCCACGUGCUGUGCCAGAGACAGAUGACCCACUGCCAGCCGAAGGACUGGAGGUGAAACCACCUUCCCUUGAGGAAGCGCUGAUGGACUUUCUGGACCGAAAGGAAGGCAACAUCGCCCACAUCAACGAGAUCAACAACGAUCGCUAUCUACGGGAGGUGAUGGCUCAACAAGCCCCGAAGCCUAUAUCAGCGGUGAACAAGGUCUGGCUGAAGCAGCAUGAAGCUUUGUUUACCCUUCUCCGUGCUCAAGACAAUGAGAUGUACAUCGCGAGGACGCAGGCUGUGGCCGACCAGAAGAAGGCCAAAGCCAAAAUGCAGGCUGGAGACCAGAAGAAGCAGCCUGCGUACCACCAGGUCAUCCAGAAAGCCGACCAGAUGGCGGCGCCCUUGGUGUACCAGUACGGCGGAGGCGCACUCAAGCCGAUUCCAGAGCAAGAGGAGAGUGGACCGUGGCAAGAGAGGCUACGACAAGCCCUGCAGGCGGGCCCUUUGGAAGUUCCGGAGCUGUUGCAAGCCGUGCCGCUGUUCACGGCGGCGACGGGUGCCACGCGGCCCUGGCAGCAGCAGGAGAUACUCCUGACAUUUCUUCAAGCGUGGCCGCAGCUCUUCAAAGUGGAGAAGCGCGGCUCGGGAGCUGACAGGAAGUAUCUGGUGUCGUUGAAGUGA